ACAUCUCAAGGACAUACACACAAUCCUGUUCUUAUAACUAGUCCAAGACCUUUACCUAUACGAACAUCUCAACAUCAAGCAACUAAUCGUCAAUUAACUUCAUUUGUUACUCAACCACCACGUCAAAUCCUUUUUACAAGAAGUCUUGAAAUUAUCAAAUUGGAUAUUACUAAUGCUUUAGAUCCACAUUGUUAUCCAACGUUAUUUUCAUCAAUUGUGAAUAAUUGUCCAAACUUGACAUUUAUUCACUUGUAUAUUCCUAACGAAUCUCUUCUUGAACUCUCACAAUUAUUUAGAAACUGUUUAAAAUUAGAAGAUAUUCACUUAUUUGGAGAUCAAAAUAAUUCAAUUGAUAUUAGCCCAUUCCUCGAAGAAAUGAGUCCUAUAGUACCUACUGGUUUAAGAAAAUUAGAAUUGGGAAUAUCUUGGAAUUAUUCGGUAGAUGCGAUUAAAUCCUUUUUAGGUGCUUGCGUGAAUAGAUUAAAAUUUAAACCUUGCAAAUUUUAUCAUGGUGAUUUGUCUGAUGAGAUUGAUA